AUGCCACAGGUGCUGCAUCCGCUCCUGCAGAUUCCUGCGGAACACAAGCUCCUUAUCCAUGUAGAUGAGUGCCUGUGUCUCAUUGAUUGGCCCAAAGAAAUUGUGGUUAACCUGUUGCUGCAGUUCGGCAGCUCAUGCCGGUCCGCCUCAUCUUGCACGAGCCCCAGGAAUUUCGGCAGCUGCUCCCAGGACGCCUGGAGACUGGAGUUGAGCACUUGCUUGGCCCUUAGCGCAGCAGCAGCAGCAGCAGAGCAGCAGCAGCAGCAGAAUGAGCAGCACUUGCACCAGCAGGAACAGCAGAACGAGCUGCCCGAGCUGCAUCCGCAUGCAAGUCUCCAGCAGCACCACCAGCAGCGAAAGAGGAGCCGCCAGAAACAGCCAAGGCAACAGCGUUCCGUGCUGCAGCAGCUGCUGCAACAGCUAGAUGAUGCCGGGGAGGCCCACACAAGCGAUGAGAGCAGCAGCAGGGUGUCGAAACAACAGCAGCAACUGCAGCAACAGCAGCAAAUCGCAAAGAGGAAGGCGCUCCUACGGGCAGCAGCAACUGCGGCUUCUGAGACAGGGCUGGAGUGUCUGUACACCUGGAAGCCCUUUCAUGUUGCUGCAGAUAAGUCUCCUGCUGUUGCUGCUGCUUGCUCCUGCUGCAACGCCUACACCCGCCGCCGCCUGAGGCGCCCGUACUUGCAGCAGCAAGAAGGUGCAACAGCAGCAGCAGCAGCAGCAGCAGCACAUAAACACGUAGCUGCAACAGUUCCUGCAGAUGACGUGUGUGGUGCCGCAACUGCAACAACAGGGACAGAGGCAGCAUCAACGGCAGUAUAUUCGCCGGGUCUUCCAGUAGCAAAUUGUCCGGAAGCGGGACCUGCUGCAGAAGCAGCAGCAGCAUCAGCAGGAGCGGGAGCAGCAGCAGCAGCAGCACCAUCAACAGCAGGUUCUGAGCAGGACAAUUGCAGCUGCCAGCAUUACUUUGGUGCCAUAUUGGAAGCUCGAAGCUCCAAUACUCUCCGCUUGUCUCUCGUUGCUGCUGAGCCGCGUCCAUGUUCGGUUGCUGCCGCUGUUGCAGCAGCACCACCACCACCACCAACGGCAACCCCAGUAGUAGAAGCAGCACACGAGAGCAGCAGCACAGUGCCAACGAAUGCCAGCCUUAAAUCUCCUCCUCCAGCAGCCGCAACUGCCGCUGCGACUGCAACUCCUCUUGCUACCUCUGCUGCUGGUGCUCCUGCUGCUGCUCCAGCAGCAGCAGCGGUUGCUGCUCCGCGAAUUGCUGCGGAAUGUCUACUGCGUGCGGACGCGGCAUUGAGGUGUUUGGGUGAAGAUUUACUGCAGAUAUUAACGGCCAGACGGCAACUGCUGCCACUGUGCCUGCGGGCUGUUGUGCUUCGCGCUGUACCUCCAGCUACUCCUGCUGCUACUGCUGCUGAUCCUUCUGCUCCUGCUGCUGCUGAUGCUACUGCUUCUGGUGACUCUGCUGAAGCGGCUGAGCCAGCACAGGAUGCAGCAAAAGCAGCAACGGGGAGCAAGCGAAGGUCCUCAGUGCGUCGAAAAAGGGAUGCUGCAGCUGCUGAAGAUUAUCUCGAGGGGCUUAUACCCAUCAACAGCAACGCCAGCAGCAGCAGCAGUGGCAGUAGCAGCAGUAGGAAGUGGGUGUGGGUAGUUGAAGUUCACCUUUGUCUCAUUACGAAAUCCUGCGGCUCUCCUUGCUAUGUGCCGCCGCUCGUCUCAGAAUGCCGAGCCAAAGCUGCACAAUGGCUAUUCGGGCGGAUGUUAGGCCAGGCGUCGCUGCUGCCAGCGGCAGCAACUGUAGCAGCAGCAGAAGAAGAAGAAGACGGGGCGGCGAUUCCGCGGCAUUUCUUCGUGAGCCCGUCCUUUAUAUACAGCCUCGUGUCGCAAAGGCGCGCCCUGCACGCGCAGCAGCAGCAGCACCCCAGCAGCAGCAGCAAGCCGAGUACGAGUUUCGCUGGUGUGGAACUGCUGUCGCCGCUGGGACUGCGGUGUCAGCUGAGGCCCUAUCAGCAGCGAGCUGUCCUCUUUGCCCUAUUCAGAGAGUGGCGGGCCUUCCUUACCACCAGCAGCAGCAACAACAACAACAACAGCAGCAGCAACAGUAGCAGCAGGAACAUGGCAAACGAAUAUGACUUCGAAGACCUGGGGCUGCAGCAACAGCAGCGGAUGCGCACGCUGCAGAAACAGCAGCAGAUGAAGCAACAGGUAAACUUGAUGUGGCACAAGGUACUGCUGCCUUCUGCUGCAGCUGUGUGGGUCAAUCACACCACUGGUCAAGUUGCUCUUUGUUCGCAAACAGCAGGAGCAGCAGCACCAGCAAAUGCCGUUCCAGCAACAGAAGCUGCAACAGCAGCAGCAGUUGCUGCUUCAGCACCAGCCACAGCAGCAGCGCCAGCAGUCGCAUUAUUCCCACCACAAUCCGCAGCAGCUGCAGCAGCAGCAGCAGAAAGUGAGGCGUGUGUCGGGUUCGACGUGCCUGGCGGUCUGCUGUGUGACUCGAUGGGCCUGGGGAAGAGUGUGGAGGUAAUAGCCCUCAUCCUGGCCAAUCCACGACCACACUCCGCUGCCGCUGCAGCAUCAGCAGCAACAGCAGCAACAACAGCAACAGCAGCAACGGCACCAACAGCACCAGCAGCAGAAAAGGGAGCGAUUUAUUGUUGGGGAGACGAGAUGCCUCCCGACAGUCUUAUCUGCUGCAUCUGCGCCGCUGACUCCUUAGGGCCCAUGUGCCUCAAUGGUGGACGCCGGUGGGCCCCGCGACCUGCUGGUCGAGCCAUUCGCAAGCAGCAGCAGGAGAAACAACCACAGCGACUACAGCAACAGCAGCAGGAGCGAGAAUGUUCCCUGCUGUCAGUCGUCCAGUGCUACUGCUGCCUGGCCUUCUCCCACGUCUUCUGUGUUGCACAAUAUUUGGGCGCUGCUGUUUCGCUGCCAUUCAUUUGUCCCUUUUGCUGUGCCGAGCAGCAAGAUGCUGCCGCUUGCAGCAGUAGCUGCAGCAGCAGCAGCUGCUCCUCCAAAGCCACCAGCAGCGUCAGCACCAGCAGCAGCGCUUCCACUGCCAGCAGCAGCAGCACCGCCGCCACCGCCACUGCCGGCAGCAGCAGCAGCAGCAAGUUGACGCGGUCUCGGGGGACGCUGCUUGUGUGCCCUGCAGCAAUCGUAGAUCAGUGGAAACGUGAAGUGUCUGUUCACUCGGGUCCGCCCCUCAAGGUUGCAGUAUAUCCGGGCCUCAAGGCCGCCAGGGCUUCCCUUGCAACCACCGUGGCAACACUUGCUCGCGCUGAAGAGAAGGCAUUUACGCUAUCUCGGGGCCCCACGUCGUCUGGCCGGCGUACCAGCCGAAGGCCUGCAGCGUCAGCACGAGCAGCAGCAGCAGCAGCGUCCGCAGUGCCAGCAGGUGAGGGGGCUUCCGUAGAAGGGCCCCGUAGCCUGUCAGUCCCCCCUGCUGCUGUGACAGCCGCACUGGGGGCUCCCCCAGAUGGCCCCCACGUGCUGCUGCCGCAGCUACUGGACUAUGACAUCGUGAUCGUGCCCUUUGAGGCGCUGCAGCAGGAGGUUUGGUUCGCUCCUCCUUUCAGCCUCAGCAGCAGCGCCAGCAACGGCAGCAGCAGCAACAACAACAGUCGUAUGGCCCUACGAGGCACGAAACGCUAUCGCAAGCUCUUCUCCCCCAUAUUAGGCAUUCUCUGGUGGCGCAUCGUCAUCGACGAGGCGCAGCUGGCAGGCGGUUUCAGCGGCGCGGCACGUUUAUGCCAUUCUAUUGAGGCUGUCCAUCGAUGGUGCGUCUCGGGCACUCCGCUGUUAGACGAAUUGUCUGGAGAGGGGCCCCUGGGGCCCCUCGGGCCCCACAGGGGGACCCCCCAAGCUCCUCGGGGUUCUCUGCUGCCACGCGAACUCGCGGGGCUCCUUGCAGCGCUGCGCCUCUCGACGGACUGCCUCCAUCACGGGUCGCCUGCCUUGCUGCAGCGGGCGUUUCAGGGCCUUUCGCUGCCUCUUCCGCAGAGCACCUUAGAGGACGACCACUCCAGCAGCAGCAGCAGCAGCCCCAGCAGCAGCAUUUCAGAAGCGCGUGUAGGGCCCAGAUGGGGCCUAACGGGCUUCGCUCUAAACGCUGCUGUCGAUUUGUUGACACCGUUAAUGUGGAGGACAGAAAUGAACGAGGUGUCAGAGGAGCUUGGCGUGCCUCCCCCUAUCGUGCAUGACAUUUGGGUGGAGUUGGGGCCAGUAGAGCGUUUCUUCUAUCAGCGGCAGCAGCGGGCUGUUGCGCAGCGCGUGCUUCGGCUGUGCAGCAGGCAGCAGCAGCAGCAGCAGCAGCAGGAGGGAGGGAGACGGGGUGGUGCUCGCGGUCGCAACAAAGCAGAAGCAAUAGUAGUAGAAGCAGCAGCAGCUGCUGCUGCUGCUGAUGAGAAGGCCCGGGUUGCGGCUGCACUGUCUUCGCAGAUGGCUGCGAUGCUGCUGGUGCUGCGGCAGGCAGCAAACCAUCCUCAGCUGGGGGCGUUGGGCCUCAGCAGCCGCCGAAGCAAUAGCAACAGCAGCAGCAACAACACCAAUGCUGCGGGCACACGAAAGACAGACGGAUUAGAGGGUGUCGGCCGAUAUAUGUCAAUGGAUGAAGUCCUCUGCCGUCUCCUAGGAGAUGCCCGAGUGGAGCUGGAAGAGGCGCUGCGGGCCUACUGCGCUGAGAUUAACGGCAUUGCUGGCCUCUCCCUGCUGCAGGGAAGACCUGCGCGCGCUGCUCUUCUCUAUCUGCAUGUGUUGGAGCUGUCGCGGCGUUCGCUGGGGGGAGCCGAGUUGAGGGGGGCCCUUGCGCAUUAUCUGGGGGCCCCUGAGGAGACUGUGGGGCCCCUCAUUUUGGCGCCAAGUCUUCUGCAGCCGUUGAUAGUAGCGGGGCCCCACAUUGACAAACUGCAGCAAAUCCAUGCGGCUUUCAACCUCCACCAAACCCUCUCUGGGGGGCCCCCAAAGCCCUCCAGCAGCAGCAGCAGGAGCGUAAACAGCGGCGAUCAGGAAGGAGUUGUAUUGUUGGAGGUCAGGGGUGCUGCCGCUGCAGCGUCAACACAGCCACCAGCAACACCAGCAGCUGCAGCAACAGCAGCGCCAGCACCAGCAGCAGAGACAAGAGCGGCGAAAGACGGCUUGGAGGCAGUGUCUUCCUCCACGCCGGAGGAAAAACCUGCCUCAGGAGCAUCAACGGAGGCAAAAGCAGCAGCAGCGGCAGCAUUGCAAACAGAGGCAAAACCUGAAGCGGCAGGAGCCUCUUCGUCUCGAGCCCAGGUCGAAUCUGUCUCAGAAGCAGCAGCAGCAGCAACAGCAGCAUCAUGGGAUUUGUUUCAGCGUUUGCGCAGCGAGUACGCUUCUAAGGCUGUGGGGGAGUUGGUGCGGUCGCGUGAGGUCUUCCGCUUGCGCUUUUCUGAGACAGAAAAACAAAGGAAUGAGAGGGUUUUGGCGUGUGCCGGGAAGGGGGGGGCAGCAGACAGGGCUCCGGGGGGCCCCUCCAGCAGCAAACAUUCCCAGGGUGUAGCAGCAGACAAGAGCGUUCCCGCGCAUGGAGAAGGGAGCCCCCUGGAGAUGGAGGGGGCCCCCCUGGAAGGGAACAGCCCCCCCCACCCUAAGGACCCUCAUUUGAACACUGCUGAGAGAAGCCUUGAUGAGGGGCCCCCAACGGCGCUGCACCAGCUGCUGCAGGCAGAGAAAUGGAGAAGAAGAAUGGGAGGGGGUCGGUGGUUUGUCCCCCUCGCGGGCCUCGAAGAGGAACGCAGUAGAGCCCUCGCUGCCAGAGUGCGUGAGGAGCUGUUCAACCUGCGCAGCAGCAGCGGCAGCAGCAGCAGGGACGAUUGCUGGGGCUCGCCGCUUGGUGGUGGCGGGCUAAGAAGGAAAUUCCACUUGGGGGGCGUCUCCAGUUGUAGGGGUCUUGUGGCCGUUCUUGAAGGGGCUCUCGACGAGCUUGACAGCAAAAGAGAAGAGCUCAUACGCACGCUGGAAUCGCUAGACCACGGGGGGAACCCUUCAGCGCAGCUGCAGGCAGCAUUUGGAUCGUGUCCUCGCUGCAACGAGUUGUUUCAGGCGGACCUGCUGCAGCUCCAGCAGCAGCAGCAGCGAAACAGAACUGGCAGCCAAGUCAACAACAUAUACCUGCCGCAGCAGCAGCAACAGCAGCAACAGCAGCAGCAGUUGGGUAGCGCCGCAUCGCCGCGCAAGCGCAGAAAGAAGGGACGAGCUGAGGAGAGGCUGCCAGGCAGUCUUUGUUUUCACUGCGUGGCAGCCCAACAAAUAACCCAGAUGCAGUACUUCCUCUACAACCGCGUUUCGAAGAACCUCGACGCUGUCACGGGAGACCCCUCCAACCAUAACAUUGAGGGCUACCACCACUUUGGGGACAGCGAGUUGCUGCGGUGUUUGCAGCUGCUUUGCAGCUUCACGCGGAGAGACAAUGGCGGGGGAGGGGUUCUUUGGGGUCAUUUGGCAGCAGCAGCAGAAAUCCAUCUUAAGGAGUUUGAAUGCCUGAAGAGAGAGUUGUCUGCUGCUGGAGCGUACCUGCUAGGCAGUCGAGGGGUUUUAUCGGCCUUCGAUGAACUCCGUAUGUCUGUGGCGCGCUUCUUCUUAAAGACAACGAACGACUCUUCCUGCAUUCCUGUUGCUCUUGAUGCUGCUCCCCCUGCUGAUGCUAUUGCUGCUGCUGCUGAUUCACCUGCAGCUGCUCCUGCAGCGCCAGCAGCAACAGCGCCUGUAGCAGUGGAAGCAGAAACAGCAGCAGCGGCAUCCCAGCCAGAAAUGCCGGCUGCAGCUGCAACUGUAGCAGCACCGAUACAACCAGAAGCAGCAGCGGCAGCAGCAGCAGCAGCAGCCGCAACCGCAGCGUCAUGGUCAGCAGAAGCGUCGUUGCGGCAGGAGCUGCUGCAGCAGCGGGGCGGGAGCCGCAACCGCAGCGUCAUGUUUUCGAGAGACCGCAUUGCUGUUUGCUUUACUCGUCAUCAGUACUUGAAGGGAUUAAAAGACAAACAAGACAGCAAAAUCAAGCAUCAUGCCGCUGCUGCUUCUGCUGCUCUUGCUGAUCCUGCUGCUGCUGCUGUUGCUGACGGGGCAUCUGGGGCAGCCGGGGGCGGUGCUGCUGCAGCUUCUGCUCCUGAGGCAUCACCAGCAGCUCCGAACGCGGGAUUGGGCAGUAGGGCCCCUGAAGCAAUCGAGAGGGCCUCAAGAGCUGCUGCUGCUGCGCUGUACAGGCAGCAGCAGCAGCAGCAGCACGAACAAGCCCAAUGCGAGCAGCGCCAGGACCCGGGCGACGGGCAGCAGCAGAAUCCGCAAGCUGCCGUCAAGUCGGAGGGCGAAAAGCAGCAGCAACAAGCGGAGCUGCAGCAGCAACAACAACCGCAACACCAACAAAUGCAACAACAAAAACAACAGCAGCAGCAAGACGAAGAGGAGCCCCAACGGUGCCCCAUUUGUCUGCAAGGGAUACAAGCGGGGGACUGCGUCGUGGUGCUGCCUUGUGGGCAUUCGAUUUGUUUCUCGUGUUUGCAGAAGCUGCAGCAGAAGCAGCAAAAACAGCAGAAGCAGCAACAGCAGCAGCAGCGGCAGCAGCAGCAGAAGGGGCCUCUGCUCAGGUGUGCUAUAUGCCGCCAUGGGUUCAGCCCCUCGGGUGCAGCACUGGUUACGUCUGCUGCGGCUGCUGCUUCGGAAUCUGCGCCAACGGACAUGCAGCAGCAGAAGCAACAGCAGCAGCAGCAGCAGCAGCAGCCAGCACCCUCCGAUGACUCCCGCACCCCUUCGUCCGAGCGCGAGAUGAGGAAUGCCGAGGUGAAGCUCUUUUCGCUUUUUAAAGUUUCACCCCUUCAGUAUAUUCUGCUGCAACAUAUCUUGAUUGUAUAG